AUGACGACGACGACGGCGCCGGCGGGCACGCGUGCGCCGGCUGCCAGUGGGGGAGCUAGCGGGAGUGGGACUGCAAGCGGGAGUGGCGUUGGCGUUGCCGGAGUAGGUGCAAGUGGAAGCGGAGUUGUUGGCGGCGGCGGUGGCGGUGGCGGCAGUGGCGGCGGAGCACUCAUGAUCCCAGGCGGCUACAGGGGACGAAGCUGCAGCAAUAGCGGAUGCCAUCGACUGACGGCAGCUCUUGGUGGAGCGACGAGAAAAGCAGGCAAUCCCCCGCCGCCGCCGCCUGCGGACAAGCCGGCCUCCAAUCCGCCGAAUGCCGCUUCCAACUGACGUGGCGAUCUGCUCGCAUCAAGAUUCCGUUUUAGUUAGACAUACGACAAAAACUUUGAUUUCUAACAUCGAAGAACCCUAAGUUAUAAGCUGACGACGUUGUGGAGGUCUCGCCGCUUUGUGCGCUGGAUCGCAAAGUGGACUCACCGAUGCAACCCAUUAACUAAGAUCGUAAUCGUAAAUAGGAAGGAAUAUAAUUUACUUGCUGCACUCCUCUUCCGCGCUUCUCGUUUUGAUUUUAUCCUACUUCACGUUUUCACCAUCGAAUAAAUCCAUUAUAUACAAUAUGCAUACGUCAACUGUUAUGUUCUUGAAAACAACACCCUCAAUCACAUAGCCACAAAGUAAAUCUAAGCCUAUUUCGUUAAACAAAACAAAAUCAUUAGCAGCAGUUCGUAAAGGAUAUCCGAAACCACUUAUGCAUUAAGUAAAAAGUAAAAUUACAUUGUGUAAAAACUAAACGAAAACGCUAAGUAAAAGAAAAACUAUGCAAAUUUAACUGAUCGAAA